AUGACCGACAUGGAUAUUAAAAACGCUCUCCUCCGGCUCAACGAUAUCCUGGCCAACCAGCAGCAGCAGAUGGCAGUUCUCCUGCAGAACAACGCAGUUCCCCAGGCUGAGAAGAAGGAUCCCUCAAUCAACGCUGUGUCCCUCCAUCCCAAGCCUCCCGGGAAGAAGACGAAAAAGAUGAAGAGCAUCAGUUCGGUGAAACAUGUUGACAUCUCCAAAAAGCGCAAAUUUGCUAAGGUAAAUUUGAACGGUGUCAACGUGAAGCUCCAACUCGACUGUGCGGCCGACAUCACCAUAAUUUCAACCGAAACCUGGGCUUGCAUCGGGAAACCAACAAUCAACCCUACGGACAUCGUUGCUGUCAGCGCUUCCGGUGACAAGCUCGACUUGAAAGGAGAGUUUAUCACCGAAGUAACCAUCCGGAACGUCUCCAAACAAGGGUGCAUCUACGUGGCCAACCACUCCGAUCUCGACGUGCUGGGUAUCGACCUCAUCGAGUUAUUCAACCUUUGGUCAGUCCCCUUCGACUCGUUGGUGAACUCCAUCCAGAAAUCCGAAGACGUGGCACAACGACUGAAGGUUAAGUUUCCCGAAGUGUUCCAGAGUUCCCUUGGGCUGUGUACCAAAGCACAGGUUACACUCUACCUCAAGCCGGAUUCCCGACCAGUGGAUGCUCAACUCCAAAGGCUACAAGAACGCGGCAUCAUUUCUCCAGUGCAGUUCUCCUAUUGGGCUGCCCCCAUCGUCGUGGUUCGCAAAUCGGACAACGUCUCUGUUCGAAUUUGCGGCGAUUACUCCACUGGACUCAACGCAGCUCUAGAAUCCGACCGGCAUCCUCUGCCUCAUCCCGACGACAUCUUUACUGCCCUGGCUGGGGCACGCAUUUUCUCCCAAAUCGAUCUGUCGGACGCAUACCUCCAGGUCGAAGUGGAGGAAGAAUCACGCAAGCUGUUGACGGUUAACACCCACCGAGGCCUGUUCCAGUACAACCGUCUUACUCCAGGUGUAAAAUCGGCACCUGGAGCCUUUCAACGCAUAAUCGACUGCAUGGUAGCUGGCAUCCCAGGUGUAAAAACCUAUCUCGACGAUAUUCUGGUAUCCGGACGAACUCAAGAGGAACACGAUCGCAAUCUGCAGUGA